AUGGCUGAAGAUGAAGCAAUACUUGGUGAUGACGUCAAUAGUUUCGUUGCCCCUGUUGCUAUUGUUGUGCCUUCUGUCAUUGGUGUUGUUGCUGUUGAUUCUAAUACUGUUGUUGCUGUCGCUAUUGUUGGUGUUGGUUGUAAUGAUAAUAUUGUUGUAUGUUCUGUUGUAAGUGCUGUUGCUUGUAACAUAGUUGAUAUUGUUGUUGCAAUUGUUGCUGGUGUUACAACUGUUGUUGCCAAUGAUGAUGUGGAUGAUGAAUUUGAGCUAGAUGCUACAAUUUCAGAUGAAUCAGAUGUUUGA